AUGGAGUCCGUUUGGGCUAUUGUCUCAGUAUGCGCCCCAUACCUUGUCUCUCUCUUAGCUUUGCUAGUAUGCCUGGAACAGAUUUCUUACUUGAAGAAAAAAAGGAACAUCCCAGGCCCAAAUCUGGUCUUCCCAUUCAUCGGCAACGCAAUUUCCUUCGUCCUCAACACCACAAAAUUCUGGGAGCUCCAAUCUGCCAAUGCCAAGUCCUCCUGCUCCGGCUUCUCCGCCAACUACAUAUUCGGCCACUUCAUGAUUUUCAUCAGCUCCAGCGACCUCACCCUCAAAGUCCUUGCCAACGUCAGACCCGACGCCUUCCAGCUUGUCGCCCAACCAUUCGGCAAAAAACUCUUGGGCGAUCGCAACCUCAUCUACUUGGUCGGUCAGGAACACAAAGACCUCCGUCGCCGAGUCAUCCCAAACUUCACCCCGAGACCUCUCUCCACUUACAUUUCAAUCCAACAAAUCAACAUCCUCAAGCACUUGAAAUCAUGGGUACAUUUACAAUCAUCAAGGACCCCCACAAAACCAAUCCCUCUGAGAAGCCUCGUUCCAGAUAUGAAUCUCGAAAUCUCCCAGGCAGUGUUCGUUGGUCCUUACUUAAGCGAAGAAGCAGUGAGACAAAGAUUCAAUGAAGACUUUAAUUUGUUUAACGCUGGCAUGAUCAACCUUCCAAACGAUUUUUCUGGAUUCGCUUUUUGGUACGCCAGGCUCGGGGCCCAAAGGCUUCUCCAAACUCUAGCAACAUGCGCAAUGGAAAGCAGAACGCGAAUGAUGAAUAAUGACGGUUUUAAGCCAACCUGUAUGUUAGAUUUUUUUAUUAUACAAGAAAACAUCAGAGAAAUCGCAGCCGCCAAACAAGCCGCUGUUCCUCCUCCUCCUCCUCCUCCUCACUCUAGCGGGAGGGAUGAAGAAGUUAGUCAACUUUUGUUGGAUUUGGUCUUUGCCGCCCUGGACACUAACACUUCGUCACUGCUCUGGGCAGUGACUCUUUUGGAUUCACAUCCUGAGGUCUUGGCAAGAGUGCGUGAGGAGGUCGCCGUGGCGAAGGAGGUAAUAAGGUUCCGACCUCCGGGGACUCUGAUCCCACACAUUACUGUAGGGGACUUCCAGUUAACAGAAAACUACAAGAUUCCGAAGGGCACUAUUGUUUUUCCAUCGGUUCUUGAGAGUUCGCUUCAGGGGUUUGUUGAACCGCACCGGUUUGACCCGGACCGGUUCACGGAGGAGAGGCAGGAAGAUCGGGUUUAUAAGAAGAAUUAUUUGAUGUUCGGAAUUGGGGCCCACCAGUGA